AUGGGUGCCAUGCCUAAGGGUCAGGAACUCUUCUCCUCCGUGCCCACCAUCGGCUUCCCCAAGCAACUCCAGCGCACAUUACCCGCAUGCAUAGCAUUAAUACUAUUUCUGGUCUUUCUAACCGGCUCUACUGGCACCGUGAGCACCAGCUUAUUCCAAUCGAAGCAAUCACAUUUUCCGAGGAAGAUUUGGCAAACAUGGAAGGUCGACCCUAUGAUGUUUGAGGAGCGCGACCACAACACAGCGCGUACGUGGAUCAUCAAGAACCCCGACUUCCGCUACGAAGUGCUCACGGACGAGAAUGACCUUGCAUAUGUGGAAACACACUUUGGCCCCGAGGGCUUCAACCGGCCCGACAUUGUCUACGUCUACCGCGAGCUCACGGCACGCAUCAUCAAGGCAGAUUUGCUGCGAUACAUGAUCAUGUACGUUGAGGGAGGCGUAUACACCGACAUUGACGUCGAGGCACUCAAGCCGGUCAAGAACUUUAUCCCCAAGCGAUGGGAGGAGACGGACAUUGAUAUGGUUGUGGGAAUUGAGAUUGAUCAGCCCGACUUUGCGCGUCACCCAGUUCUGGGCUCCAAGUGCAAAUCCUUCUGUCAAUGGACGUUCAUGUGCAAGCCUCGGCUCCCGGUGAUGCUCACGCUGAUUGAGAACAUCAUGAAGUGGCUGCACAGAGUGGCCAAGGAGCAGAAGUGCAAGAUCUCGGAGAUCCACUUGGACUUCGACCAAGUCAUCAGUGGCACUGGUCCCUCGGCAUUCACCGAGGCCAUCCUGAAAGACAUUACCAAGCGCACCGGCAAAGAGGUGAGCUGGGACACCUUCCACAGCAUGCAAGAGUCGAUCCUGGUUGGACGUGUGCUGGUCUUGACUGUGGAGGCAUUUGCAGCUGGCCAGGGCCAUUCUGACUCCGGGAACCACGACGCGAAGCAAGCGCUGGUUAAGCACCAUUACCAUGCAUCUGGCUGGCCAACGACCCACCCUCGAUUCAACCACCCGAUCUUCGGCGAGGUCGAGAAGUGCAAUUGGAAUGUUGAGUGCGUGCAAAAGUGGGAUCAGGACACCCUAGCGUUCAACGCACUACCACAGGAAGAAAAGAUCAAGCAGAUCGCAAUCAAGGAGCAGGAGAAUAAGGAAGAGGAGCGCAAGCAGAAAGAAGAAGAAGAGGAAAGGAAGCGAAAGGAGGAUGAGGAGCGAGAAAGAGAAGCGCUUGAACUCGAGCGAAAAGCACGAGAGAAUGCUGGAAAGCCAGAGGAACUGGUACGGCCGCCGCCGAUAGACUUGCGCGGCUGA